AUGUUGCGCUGGUACGCUGCGAGAAUGGCCCAGCGGCCGCUGCUUACCUCAAGCAUCACUACAGCUACACUCUUCGGCGCCGGAGAUGUGCUAGCGCAGCAGGUCGUUGACAAGAAGGGUUUCGAUGAGCAUGAUUAUGCUCGAACGGGUCGCAUGGUUCUCUACGGAGGAGCCAUCUUCGGUCCUGCCGCCUCGGCCUGGUACGGCGUCCUCCAACGUCACGUUGUCCUAAAGAGCACCACAGCAACUGUCGUCGCCCGUGUCGCCGCCGAUCAACUCCUCUUCACACCCGUCAACUUGUUCUGUUUCUUGUCCUCCAUGUCCAUCAUGGAAGGUACCGACCCCAUGGAGAAGUUGCGAAAGGCUUACUGGCCCACAUACAAGACGAACUUGGGGGUCUGGUCGACAGUACAAUUAGGCAACUUUUCCCUUGUUCCGCUAGAGUACCGUGUUUUGGUCGUUAACGUAGUUAGCUUGGGAUGGAAUUGCUACUUGAGCUUUGUCAACAGCAAGGCUUAA